AUGAAAUAUUUUGAAAUUGAUGUGCAGCCAACGAAAAAAAGUUAUGAACAAAUCUUCUGCAUUGAGUUGAAUGCCACAUGGAAAGGUCCUUUUGAGAUUUUACCAACAAUAACACUUUUGGAGAAAGAUAUAUUCAUUUUCAGAAAAAUUGGUUUAAGAGGAAAGAUAAAGGCGCCACCAAGCAGGCAGAAUCACAAAGUUUCAUAUCCUAAAAGAAAAGAGGAAGGACCACUGCAGUAUUCAAUUUAUUGUAUUGUGAAUAGUGGAUUUUUCAAAAGUAAAGGGAAUUUGAUUGCUUCGGUUGCUCGGGGAUUUCUGCACCUUUACAAUAAAAUUGCAAGUGACAGUGUGAAAGUUAAAUAUUUAGAUUAUUGGGAAGAUUCAGGCGAAAAAUUAGUUAUAUUGAAUGGAAUAAAUCAUAAACAUUUACAAUACCUCGCUAAAGAAUUGUACUUUGCUACAGUAGGUAUUCAUUCGUACUACAAAACAUGGAGCAGAAACAAAGUUUUGUUGGUAUUAUCAAUUCUCGGAAGAGAAGAAGAUUUUGAAGACCUACUAGAAGGAUUACCUGAACUACGGUAA